CAACCAGUUCUUGUCCGUCAGUCCGCCAGCCAUGCGUUCUAUCGUCAAUUGUCAGCCACACAAUCCGGCAACAAGAUAGCGUGCACGAUUGAGCUCAGUGCUCACUUUUCGAUUUUCCGACACCAUUCAUGGUUCGCUGCACACUGCUACUGGCGCUUCUCCUCUCGCUCGUUGCCGGCGAGCCCCUCCAAGCUGGCGCGUGCGGCGUCAAAGCUUGUCCGCGCCUGCAGCAGCCGCAGUGCGGCUCGGACGGCGUCACGUACAUGAAUGCGUGCGCUGCAGACAAGAUCAAGUGCGGCAACCGCAGGUUUACAUACAAGGCCGGCAGUUGCCCCAAGCCGCGCCACCCCAAAGCAGCUGAUGACUCUGACACGAUCACGUUUCCUACUGCUGUUGCGACUCCGCAUCUGCGCGUACGCCCGGCCACUGACCGUCUUGCAGACGAUUAACUCGAGUGACUUUCGAUCGUAGAUAACUCGAAAUACGCCUAUGCAUCAUAC